AUGGGUUGUACGAAGUCAACUACAAAACAAGAAACAGAAGUUGGAGGAUAUAAACAUGAUGAAAAAAGAUUUCAAAAUUUAUUUCAUGCAACAACUGAAUUCGAUAUAUCAACAUCAGAUUCGGAAAAUGAACAAGUGCUUGUUUCAAUUAAGUCAUUGACUAAAAAUAAUUAUAAUAAUAAAGAUAAAUUAACAAAAAAAAUCGAUAAACUUUCAAGUGGUUUGACGACAGCAAAUACUGGUUCAUCAACAACGAAUAGUACGUUAAUCGGCAAUCGACUCAAUCAAACAUAUGUUUGA